AUGAUGCAGUGCACGUCCAGCCCGGCCGAAGCGCCCGCAAAACUAUCAUCGCCCCCGACAUCAACCACCAAACAGCAGUUCAUCGACCAUGUGGUUUCAAGCUUCACGGUGGCCCUCGACGCUGAAACGCUUUAUGAACAAUCAUAUGAACUCACCCGGUCGUUGAGGAGUAAGGUGGAUCUCCCAGACUCAUUAGCCAUGCUACCUUCCUUCGUCGACCAUCUCCCGACUGGCAAAGAGCAAGGAGACGUCUUAGCCAUUGAUAUUGGAGGGUCCAACAUGCGAGCUGCCAUCGUGUCUCUGGAGCCAUCCGCAGUCAAUCCAAUAAACCGGCUCAGAGUCCGAAAGCAUCAAACUUGGGCGAUCACAGUGACUGUCAAAUCGCUCUCGGGCUCGGAAUUCUUCAGCUGGAUAGCGACCAACAUCCAGAACUUUCUAUAUGAGCUGAUGCGGGCUGAUCUGGGCUUCGAGCUUGCUGCCCUCCCUGCCGGCCUCGUGUGGUCCUUUCCACUGGAACAAUUUGAGCUUAGCGAUGGAAAUCUUCGGGAGAUGGGGAAAGGAUUUGUCGUUGGCCACGAGCUACAAGGGCAGUCGAUUAAGAAAUGCAUGGACAAGGCAUUUGCGGAAAUGGGCCUCGAGAUCCGGUUAGAAGCUAUUUUGAAUGAUAGCGUGAGCGCGCUGCUCGCUCUGUCCUACGUCGAUCCCUCUACCGAGCUUAGUAUCAUAGUAGGGACCGGGUUCAACGGCGGACUGCGACUACCGGCAACUGCUUUCAACGCCUCGAAGCUGAGACAUCGAUCAAACCGUCAAGAAGAUGCGACGCGAAAGAACCUGGAGAUUCUCGUUGACGCUGAGCUCUCCGUUGUAGGGCAAGGAAUUCUCCCUCGUGUAAGAACGACGUGGGAUUCUCGGGUAGCCGCUUUGUCGCCAUUUGGGCCCGACGUACUCGGGUUGGAGCUUCAAGUUGGAGGGCUGUUUCUCGGUGAGCUCGUUCGCCAGGUAGUUGUCAACGCGAUCAACACUGUCGGUUUGUUUGAUGGGCAUUUGCCUGACCUGAUUCAAGCACCCAUGACUUGGGAACUGCGCCAUGGUGCAAUACUGGAAAGAUCUGAGCUGACAGCAGCGGACGUCGACCUGCCACAGUCCGUUGCAGAAUCCUUCGGUCUUCCUUUCAAGCCGUCCCUGGAAGACACCUGCCUGGUGCGGCAAAUCUGCCAAGCAGUGACAGAGAGAGCUGCUGCAUAUGUCGCGGUUGCAGCUUACUCGAUGAGAAGUCUUCAGGUUCUAUGUCGAGAUGUAGAAGAUGACGUAAUUGGCAUAGACGUAUCGAAAGUGUCUUGCCUCGGUUCUGUUAUCGAAAAGUACCCAGGCUUCAUGAACAAGAGUCAGGAAUAUCUCGAUCAACUUCAGCGGGUUUCCCCGAUGUCUGGGCCGAAAUUCGGUGGUCUCCAACUUCAAGCAUGCUCCAAUUCAAGUCUGACAGGUGUAGCCGUCGCUGCCCUGUUAGGAAAGAUGCCAGGGUCUGAUACAACGAGCACUACAAUAUCGUCUCCACCGCCGCCGGACGCCUUGGGAAGAACGAACUUGCCGGAACCAUGUGUUGCUGUUGACAAGACGACUGAGGAUUUUGUUCAGUCGAUGAGCGAAGGCUGCGGCAUCGAUGAAGAUCUACCAGGAAAACGACUGGGCAUCUGGGCUUGGUUUCGAAGAUUUGUUCGUUGUCGCGGGCGUGCGUAG